AUGACGUCGAGCAGUUUAAGACGGUCUACAAGAGGGAAAAACACCCGGUUUCCUAGAUCGUCGAAACCCCAAAUAACACCGGUAAAAACAAGGACUGUCACACUGCUCCCAGAGACAAAAGCAAUGAAGAAGUUAUUGUCGAAGGAUACAAAAAUGUUGACUGUGGCGCAAGCUGAGAAAAUUGCCGCUUAUCUCCGUAUAAUAGCUCUGAAAAACGGAAAGAGAAAGCCCAAGUCAAAAAUAGGAAUAGCGAAAAAAUACCGGAAGAGAAACGGAGCUAGAGACAGUUCCUCAGAAACAUCAAGUGAGGAUUCAGAAGGAACGUCUUCGAAGGAUUGGAGCAACAUCAUCAAAGCCCAACCAGAUGUGACCAACAAAAAAGAAGACAAAAGUGUUCCAGGAGAAACUUAUAGUAUUGGAAAUCUUCGGACGAAGGAUUCCAUUCGAAAAGACUUGAAAGUUGUGAAAUGGAAUGAAGAAGAGAAUCUCAUACAAUGUGAGAUUCAAGCUCGACUGGCAAUUCAAACUGAUCCAGAGCUUCGAGGAUUCUAUAAAAGGAAAAUAGACCCGAGGAUUCACAACGGUGAGAUGAAGACGAUGGUCAGAAUACACCAAAUCCUAGUUGAAAAGAAAGGAACGCUUGAUAUUGUUUUCAAUGAGGCAUUGCUCAAAUUCAUCAAGAACGAAAGAUAUUUGCCACCAAAGCAGAGACUGCUAAUGAUAGGAAACAAGUCAUUGGAUUGGCAGACAAAUGUGAAGGUCUUUUCGGAUAUUCCAAAGGAGAAUCCAGCCAACGCAGAUAUUCCCAACACAAUGCUCUAUCGAUACACCAACAGUCUUCAUGUCGAUAAGAAGAAGUUUAAAAAUCUUCUUGAUCUGGGAAAAACUGAGGUUAAGUGUGAGUGUUGCCACAGUGGAUCGGUAGUACCAUGCUGGGCCAAUGAAAAAUGUCCCUGCUACAAACAGAAUGUGCGGCUGCGAGGAAUCCAAAAAAUAAUGAAUCAAAUGUCACACUCAAGAACAAACUUUUCCACAUUUGAGCCAAUAUACCUGCGAGACAACGACUCAUACUUUGAUACGUUUGGGUUUGCAUGUUCCGAAUCGUGUGGAUGCAAGGGACGGUGUACAAACAAUGUCACUCUUCUACUAGAGAAGGACAUUUAUCAGUUGGAAGUGUUCCGAAAAAAUGCCAAUAUGGGAUUUGGAAUAAGAACGAACACAGCAAUCCCAAGAGGUACUCCUAUUCUUGAGUUCACCGGAGAACUUGUUCAGGGAAAAGUUCCCGUGUCGGAUGGAGACUAUGUCUAUUCCGUCUUCCAGGAGGCAGAGAACGGCGAGGACUUGAUUUCCGCAACUCUAAUGAAAGAAAAGAAAGUGAAUAAGAAACAGGUUCAGGAGUUGAAAGAACAUCUUGCCGAAGGAAAAGAAUGGUUCAUAAACCCAAAGAGAAUUGGCAAUCUGGCGCGUACCUGUUGUCACAGCUGUGAACCCAAUCUUUCAUUGGUUCGAGUCUUUCAAAAAGGAUUCACUCCAGCACACUGCCGACUCAUUCUUGUAACUCAGGAAGUCGUGUUCCCAGGAGUAGAAGUAAGAAUUUAUACAAUUCAUAAAACACUUCUAUUUUUCAUUUUUCAGUUAACCUUCGAUUAUGGAGCAAAAUAUAUAGAGGAGCAUUUAAAAAAUAAUUGCCUCUGUGGAAGAGCCAGCUGUAAAAGCUCGCCCUUAUACAAAAUGAUGGAUGAGGCAAAUGAGAAAUCUCUCGAGAUGUACCAGACCCUGAGAUAUCACUACCGAUACAAUGAUUACAAAACAAAGGUACUGGAUCCAAUCGAAGAAAAAGUUGCAGCAGGCACAUCCUCUACAUAA